AUGGAACACAUCGCAUCAGUUAGCCGGAGUAGCGGACUCGAGCAAGGCGGGGAUGCCUUGAAGAAUUUCAAGGUGCAAGAACAGUACAGGGUGUUCGUAGGUGAGAAGCUGCACAAGUUCUGGACAGAGAAACAGACAAAGGAUGGACAGGAGAACAUUUUAAUUUUGUUCCGAAAACUUAGAGAAGGAAUUUUUGCAUCCAAGCGGAGUGAUGCCUUUGCAAUCGAAGUGUACGAAACCUCUCUUUACCUCUCCGCACUUUUCGACUCCCCAAUCCAGGCAUCUUCUAUUCUCUCUCACCUCCUCCCUGAACUCUACACCUCUGCAUCAAUCCAGCCUCCGAUCAGCUCCGUGCUUAUAUCUCUCCUCCACCACCUGAUCGCAGGAUAUCCAUCGCAAAAAACCUACUUUGAACAUCUUUCAGGCCUCUCGCCCAACGUGCUCGAUAGGACAUCAGAAGCAUAUGUAUGGAUAUCAAAUUUAGCAACGGGUCUCCGCACCCUUAACUAUAUCAGGGUUGAAGCGCUUUCACGACACGAUGUAUACAGGCAUAUCCUUUCUGUUUCCAAGUCAGCUGACGACACAAACGAUGAGUUGGUCCAUCUGUCAUAUGAUGCGGUGCACACGCUCGUGGAACGGCUGAGAAGCAAAGCGAGGGAUAAGGCGUGGGUGGUGCUGCGCAGUGCAUAUCGGGAGCUAUCAGCUUCAGAAGAGACCCAGACUUGGAUGGCCAAAUGUCUACUGCUUUCAACCGAGCAGACAUCUGCAUCAGAACUUUCUUUGGAGGAGUGGAUCAAUGAGCGGUGCCGAGAUGGUCACCUUCGGCCGAAGGAAGGGCCAGUAGGAAGAUGGAUUGUAUGCAAGGUCAGAUAA